AUUGAAUUUUAUUGUUAUUGUUUUACUUGCUGUUCAUAACAAGAACCUUUCAUUACACUCCCUGAAACAUGUAAUUUGUACUAAUACGACAUUUCUUGCUUAAAUUUGGUCGACCAUGGCCGAGCAAGUAGUGCACGACUAUACCGGUUAUUUUAAGGCUUCGAAUCUGCAAUCGGAGAUCCGGCCAAUUUCGGCACGCAUUGACGAGAUGUUAUUACGCUUGGAGGAAUUCGAAAACCUUCUGGCACUGGUCAAGGAGGGAUCGUCGGUGGCCGUUCAGCAGCACAUUCCGAAAAUAUUCUCGCUUAAACCCGAAUUCGAUGAGCUUUGUGGGAGGCUGGAUCAGUUGGAGAAAUUUGUAUUGAUGGUAACUAAAAAUUUGGAUAUCGUCGAACGACAAGUCCAAAUUGCGGAGGAAGAACUAGACAUCCCGGACAAGACAAUUAAUGUGCUGCUCAAGUCGUUGAAUAUAUUCGGAAAAUCUAAGCAAGUGGAAAAACAAUCGAAUCGUAAUGCUAGCGGGUUUUAUGAAGCACCCGACAUUUUCAAAACGGAGGAUUAUUUUUGCUCUAGAAAUUCUGGUAGGGAUAGUGAGGAUCCUAUCAUGUAACCUGUUGGGAGACUAUACCACGUGUUGGACAAUAAAUUGAUAUACAUAUUCUUGUGAGGAAAUGUGAUUAUCACUAACAA